AUGGGAAUACUCAAUAGAAAGAAGAGGACUUCAAAGAGCAAGGACGAUGAGUUGUUCGCCAUUACAACAUUACCAGCUAUAGUACCUUUGCCUUUGAGCCCUUUCAAACCACCAGUUACAUCGACGGCCACAGCAACAGCGACAGCACCACCUUCACCACCUCUAACUGCCACGACGGGACAGACAUCUUCACCGCCACUCACCUCGACGCCUGCAUCGUCACUCAUAUCAAACCACAACAACACGACAAUGCCAUCGACAUCCCUGCGACAUGCAUCACCCUAUCUCAAGGGUGCCUAUCUCUCACCGACUCGUCUGCCGCCACAUGCUCAGCAGCAGCGUGAAGAACAACAGCAACAACAGCAACAACAACAGCAACAUCAACAUCCUGCAUUGACACACAAGCACUCGACAAAUGAUCUGUUACAGCAGCAGCAACUACAACAACAACAGCAACAACAGCUGAUAAGCAAGUCAUCCUCAAUGAACAAUAUAUCAAAGAUAAUGGAUGGCCACGUUCUCACAAAGACCACGAUGAUGACGACGACCACAACAACGACGACCACCACGACCACAAUGACAACGAUACCGCUCACUCCUUUACAGCCGACUCUGCAGAGGAUACAUUCGCAGCAGCAUCUGCCGUCGCUCACACCAAAGCAGCAGACGCCACCCCUCGAGCCUGUCAAGCUCAAGAAGAAUGUGGCCGUCUCGAUACCGUCCACCAAGCGACUGCUGGAGGGUGAGCGCUCUCGAAAGAUGUCCAUCGCUGCCGAGGUCGAGCUCUACUUCAAACUCAAGCAAUCUGAGACGGACUUUGCACACUCACUCACCUGUGCCGUGUCGCCCUUCCAGUACCUGGACGACAAGGAGGCCAAUGAUAACCUUAGUGUCGAGGACUUUAAGGUGGAGCUGAGCUUUGAUGGAUACACCAACUGGUAUAGGGAUAUGAACCGUAGGGUAUCACAGAAGACUAUAAUGAUACAGGAUGACAAGGAUUCAUCAUCAGAGAUAAUGGAGGAGAAGGGCGGCUCAAACAAUCUGCACGCAUCACCAAAGUUCACACCGGUUUGGAAGAGGAAGAAGAAGGCAAAUAAGGAUGAGGAUGUUGAGCACUUGGAAUUCAUGAGGCGUCAUCUGCACAAUGACAACAAUCAACAGCAGCAUCAGCAGCACGCUGUCAAGAAGAGUCCGAUGCACACGCACAGCGACAUGCACAUUAUCAACACGCACGUCAACAACAUCUCGCUCUCGAACAACACAAGCAGCAGCCUCUCAAUUGGCCAGUAA